CUGCGGCUAUUUCUACCGGGGCGCGGCGGGCGCUCGGUGUCCUGCGCGGGGCGGGCCCGGCGGCGGGGCCGGAGCGGAGCGGAUCCUGCCAUGGCCACGGCGCUGCCCCCAACACCGGCCGGCGGGAGCCGCUCCGCCAGCCGCGCCGCCGAGUCCCCGCUCAGCCCGGCCAGGCUCAGCCGCCUGCAGGAGAAGGAGGARCUGCGGCAGCUCAAUGACCGCCUGGCCGCCUACAUCGAGCGGGUGCGGGCGCUGGAGGCCGACAAGUCGUCGCUGCAGCAGCGGCUGAGCGAGCAGGAGGCGAGUUCCGACCGGGAGCUGGGCUGCCUGCGGCUCCGCUACGAGGCGGAGCUGGCGGACGCCCGCCGGGCGCUGGACGACAUCGCCAUCGAGCGGGCCACGCUGCAGGUGGAGCUGGGCAAGAUCGGCGAGGAGCAUCGGCAGCUGCACGUCAGGAAUUCAAAAAAGGAAAGUGACUUAAACGUGGCCCAGGCUCGUCUGAGAGACCUCGAUGCGCAGCUAAAUGCAAAGGAAGCUGACUUAGCAACAGCCCUGAAUGAGAACCGGACUUUGGAGAAUGAGCUCCGUGAAUUAAAGGAUCAAGUACUCAGUCUGAAUCUGUCACUGGAGGAUACUAACAAGCAUCUCCACAGUGAAAUGCUGAGGAGGGUGGACCUAGAAAAUCACAUGAAAAGUUUACAGGAAGAAAUGACGUUCCAGAAGCGCCUUCAUGAAGAUGAGCUCAGGGAGACAAAAAGAGUACAUGAGGGCAGGAUAGCAGAAGUAGAAUCCGGCCGGCAAAGAGAAUUUGAGAGUAAGCUCUCAGAUGCUCUGCAGGRGCUCAGGAAACAACAUGAAGAACAAAUUCAAGGAUACAAAGAGGAGAUGGAGCGAACAUUCAGUGCAAAGAUGGAGAAUGCCCAGCAAGCUGCAGCAAGAAACAAUGAGUUUGCCAUUGCUGCUCGGGAGGAGCUGAUGGAAACACAGAAGAGAGUUGAURCUCUGGUAUCUCAAAUUAAUCAGUAUCAAAGCCAGAAUCUUGCUUUGGAGAGCAGAAUAAAGGAGCUACAGAACUUGCUGGAUUAUGAUCGUGAUCUCCAUCGAAGGCGUAUGGCUGAAAAGGAGGAAGAAAUGGCACAAGCUCAGAAACAGGCACAAGCACAGCUGGAAGAGUAUGAGCAUCUCUUGGAUGUGAAGCUGGCUCUAGAUUUGGAAAUAAAUGCAUACAGAAAGAUGUUGGAAGGAGAGGAACAAAGGCUAAAGCUGUCGCCCAGUCCAUCUGCCCACAGCACAGCAACUCAGGCAGCAAGUCAGGGGCGACGGUUCCUGCAUGGCAAGAAAAGGAAACUCAAAGAAGCCAAAAAGAGGGAGCACAGUGCUGCAUUUAAGACUAUUCAGCAUGUUUCAGCUACUGGAAAUAUAUCUAUUGAAGAGAUCGAUGCAGAUGGGAAAUUUGUCAGGCUUAAAAACCAUUCUGAUGAGGAUCAACCUCUACAUGGYUGGGUGUUGAGACGGCGUAUUGGAACUGUGGCAGAUGUUACUUACAAGUUUCCUUCACGGUUCACUCUUCAGGCAGGCCAAGUAGUUACAAUCUGGGGUGCAGCUGCUGGUGUAAGCCCAGGUCCUUGUGAUCUGGUCUGGAAGUCUCAGAAGUCUUGGGGAACUGGGGAUAAUAUUGGUGUUACGCUUAUCACAGAUGGCGGUGAGGAACUCGCRGAGAGGAAGAUAAUGCUUGUACCCAGAGGAGAGGAAAGUGAGGAAGAUGAUGAUUAUGAAGAAAUAACUGGAAGUGAAGCAGAGUUUGUAUCUCAGCAACUUUACAAUACAGUUGUGUGGCAUUUAUGCAAAAUGAAGAUCCUAGCUGUUCUGUCAUGUAAUGUGGACAAUCAUCUAAAAACACCUCUCAGUCCCAGGUGACACAGACCAUAUAAGUUCKGCUAUCUGUAAUAUCUGGAACUUGGAAUUCACAUAUCCUAUCUGAUGUCUUUGUAAGAAGCCUUGUCCAUAACAUGAUGGAAUUUCCUGCCUUCUGAUACUGGACCGUGGCCUUGGAUUCACUGAUACAGAGAGCAGUACAAGUACAAGCUCCAUGUGAAGUGACUUUUCUUUUUACUUUUACACAAGGAUCUGGUUUCCAUGACCUGCUGAAACAGAGGAGGGUACAGAGUUUACAAAGCUUCUAAACAUGUGUCCUAGAAGGAUGUUAAAUACUUGACAAUGAACAUGAGGCUGCCUCAGCUUUCUCAGUAUUCUGGCAUGGUGUUUCUCCAAAGGUAAUUUUUAAGUCUCAGUGGGAAACAUGGGACCCAUCACACUCUUGCAUCUUAAGCAAGUCGGAAGUAAAACUUUACCUGGAAGAGUGAUGAGUGUCUGUAAUGUUUCCUGCUCAGAUCCUGAUGCAGAAAUACAUGAAACUGCUCUAGCUCAUCUCCUAGAUGAAACACUUUAAAAGCAAGUUGUAAUAAAUAUUCCUGCCUGUUACUAAAUGUACUGUUUCUCUAUUCUAGCACCUGAACAUCCUGCAGUUUCAGUAUUGUAUAUUCCUAGAURCAGGGUAUCACAGCAGCCUUAGCUUGGACAGAUGUAUCCUGUAAAUGUGAAAUGGCAUCUCAUUCUGACAGAGCAGGUAAACUGUGACUGUGACUCGUGCUGCUGGCACUGUUUGAAUGUCCCAACAGCAGCUUUCUAAGGGGCUAGAAGGAAAAAUAUACUAAAUCAAAACUAGAAGGCACCAACCAUAGUGCCAAAUGCAUCAAACUGGCUGUUCUUGGAGCCUUCUGUGCUAGACCCCCAUGCAGGGAUAUGUGUGUCUAACAGUAAACCAGGGGCAAUGCUGUUCAUGGGCAAUCCCCUYUGGUGGCUCUGUGCUCUGUGCAAAGCCUGUCCUGUACCCCUCAGGAGGUGCACUUGGUGACACUGCAGUCCUUCUGUGUCCCCAGCACAYUGCUCCCCUGCUGGCCUGGGGCAAAGGAGGGGCUUGGAGCCACACACGGCAAAGCUGCAGCUCAGAGCAGGAGGGGAGGGAGCAGCAGAGCCUGCAAUUUAUCUCAGUGCUGGAAUAGCGUUUGACUGUCUUUAACCUUGCCAAAGUGUUCAGUUCCAGAUUCAAGAGCUGCUUUGUGUUAGGAUGCUGGUGUUAAGGUGAGGUUUUCCUUAGGGUAGCCUAAACUCUUMCAUUAUUUAAAAGUUCUAAUUUUGAGCCAUCAAACAUAGAUGCUGGUUUAAUACUAGGAUUUUAGCAGAUACAAAUUCUUGUUCCACCUCAAAUAGAAAUAGCUGCUGCUCUAACUUUGCUGUAUUUAUCUUGAUUUCUUAAAACUUUUGUAACUAUUAAAGAUAUUUUUCAUGUAUAUAAAAGCAGUCUUGGAUUUAAAUAUUUGCAGAUAAAAUAAUAAAGGUC